GCCUCUCCCAAACAAAAGGGCUGCCCGACGCCAUCGACGCGACGUAAAGAUGGGCGCCGGCGCCAGCACGGACUACGCCAGCGUGGCCCAGGCCCUCGACGACGGCCACUCCCAGGUGAAUAUUGAAAGGCAUCUAACAAACUCGUGCACCAAAGAAAUAGAGGCAAUCAACAAAGCCUUCGGCACGGACGAGGACCGGCCGGCGACGGCCGUGGCCUGCGGGCGCGCGGCCCAGCGGGCGCUGGAUGGCUUGGGUUUUGAAGUGAACAACAUGGUCUUUGCCAAUAGCACGAGCCGCGACGAGUUCACGCGCGAGCACCACUGGUGGGCCUACUUGGAGGGAAGAGCCACGGACGUCGUCUCGGAGACGCCCGCCCCGACGUUUGACAUUGGCGGGCUGGGCGGCAUGCUCGCCGCGGGCAAAACCGGCUUAGAACUCGUGGCGUCGCAUGCCUUGGAGAAGGUCGGGGCCAUCUUCCUGUUUUUCGGGCCGCACGUCGGGUGCGAUGAGGAGGGAAGGAUGGGUUUUGUAACACACGCGGGCCAGGACGCGCCGGCGCCGUGCGGCGCGGCGGCCGCGCAGGCCGUCGAAUGGGCGAAGAAGAACAAGGGGGCCACGCCUAAGGACGCCGACGACCAGCAGAUGGACAAGGUCCGGGCCGUCGCGCUGAAGAAUUUGGAGGCGAUCAAGGACGCGGACGCGCCGCCCGCGGCGGCGCCGGCGCCGGCCGAGGGCGAGGAGGAGGCCGCCGAGCCCGUCGUGGUAGAGGCGCCGGCGAAGAACGGCGCCGUCGUCAUGGCCGAGGCGUUGUACCAGGCCACCUACGAGGACGUGCUGCGCCUGGUCCCGAAGCACCUCGCGCAGAACCGGCCCGUCGUUUUGUGUGGAGGGAUCAACGUCAUCACGGGCCCGGGCAAGCCCGACUUCUUCGCGUGCAAAAACUUCCAGGUCUACUCGCCGCGCGAGCCCGACCAGCCGAACGACGCGUUCUCGUCGUACCGCGCGUCGCUGCGCGCGCUGCUGUUCGACCCGAGCGCGCCUUGAUGUUCUGCUGGGCGUGGUAUACUUUUAAGAGGGG